AGUUUUGCCUUGUAAAACCCUCUAACAAAACCCCCAUUAGUUUUGCAGAGAAACUGAACUCGAAAAAUGCCAGAGCUUCCAGAGGUAGAGGCAGCUCGAAGAGCCAUUGCGGACAACUGCAUUGGCAAGAAGAUUGUUAAAGCUAUCAUCGCCGACGAUCCCAAAGUCAUCGACGGCGUCUCUCCCAUGGAUUUCAAAGCUUCUCUCGAGGGAAAAACCAUCCUAGCUGCUAAACGCAAAGGAAAGAACAUGUGGAUUGAGCUCCAUUCCCCUCCUUUUCCUACUUUCCAGUUUGGAAUGACGGGUGCUAUAUAUAUCAAGGGAGUUGCAGUUACAAAAUAUAAACGGUCUGCGGUAAAAGACGAUGAGGAGUGGCCUUCCAAGUACUCAAAGGUUUUCCUUGAGUUGGAUGAUGGUUUGGAGCUUUCAUUUACUGAUAAGAGGCGGUUUGCAAGGGUCCGCUUACUGGAGAAUCCGGUUUCUGUUCCUCCAAUAUCUGAGCUUGGUCCGGAUGCGCUGUUGGAGCCAAUGACUGCAGACGAGUUCUAUAAAGCUUUGAGCAAGAAGAAGAAUGGGAAAAGGUCAAAAGAAAUUAAGGCUUUAUUACUUGACCAGAGUUUUAUUUCAGGAAUUGGCAACUGGAUUGCAGAUGAAGUGCUAUAUCAGGCAAGAAUCCAUCCUAUGCAGUCUGCUUCAAGCAUAUCCAAAGAGGGCUGUGCAACGUUGCUGAAGUGCAUUAACGAGGUCAUCGAAAAAGCUGUUGAAGUUGGGGCAGAUAGUAGUCAGUAUCCUACUAGUUGGAUUUUCCAUUCCCGGGAAAAGAAACCUGGCAAGGCCUUUGUUGAUGGGAAGAAAAUAGAAUUUAUCACGGCCGGUGGCAGGACAUCAGCAUUUGUGCCGGACCUACAAAAGAAUACGGGAGCUGAAUCUGCAAAAGCAGCAGGUAAACGGCAACAGGGCAAAGUUCAGAGAGUCAAGCAUAAUAAUAGUGAUGGUCAAGAUGAAGAGGCAGAAGCUGGGAAAUCCAAGGUGAAGCAGCGUGGGACAAAUACCAAAACAGCUUCUACUAACAAGAAGUCGAAGGAAAGCAAUAGUGACAAUGAUGAAAAUGAUAGUGAUGAAGGUCUAAAGAAGCCUUCUGGAAAAUCAAAGCAAAACAGGAGCUCCAAGGGAAAAGAUGGUGAUCAAAAGAAGAAACCUAGAGGAACAAAUAUGGCUGCGAAAAGAAAACUAGAGGAAAGUGAUGAUGAUGAAAUCAACGACAAUAGUGAUGCUAGUGGGGGUGAUAAUGAUAAUGAACAGAGCAAGGAUCACAAGCUUUCAAGUAAAACACAAUCAAAGGGGAAGAAGACCACCAAACAAGCGGCUGAACCGAGGCAGACGAGGAAUAAGCCGUCCAAGAAGCAGAAAUAACUUAUCAUCUAAGUAUCAAGUAUUGGUGAAAAAGAAAGCAGUACCUAGUGUGCAAUUUUGUCAACUUAAAGGAAGUGCUAGUAGCUAUUGUUUUUGUUGGGAUCACAAGUUUGUAAUCGCCGGUGAAUAGCUACUAAAGCAGUAUGAUGACAUGACUGUAAUAUUUCAACGGUUUAGGCCUAGACUAAGGUUCACUGUGGGAUGUAUAUUGCAAACCUCUGAACUUCCUUUAAGGAAAUAUUAAUUAAGUCAUCGCUGUCGAAAUCACCGGAGACAAUUCCUUCC